CAAAGUCAACGACUUAUGACUUGUUAUCUAAUCCAACGGCACAGGAUUUAUGUUUUUAAGACUAAGAAGCCACACACGGGUGUGUGGUGUGUGGUGUAUGCGUGUGCCUUGUCAUCACAUGAUAGUGUCUCAAGUGUCAACCAUCCAAUAUCCAACCAAAAGAGUUCCACGGGAAGCUUCCUACCUCUCUUCCUACUUGCUGGGCUCGCUUUCCCUUUUACCCUUUUUCACUUUCUUCUGAUUUCCUCCUCCAAACUCCCUUUUAAACACACAAUAUUGUGUUCUCCAACGCAUUCACUCACUCACUCACUCACUCUUUCUUGCUUACAUUUCCUAUCCUAUCCACUCUCAACAUACCAGCAACUGCCUCACUUCCGUUAUCAGUUGUUUUCUCCAAAUUUGUGGCCAAUGGAACACGGUUUGAAAAGAAAGUCUCCAGAAAAUGGAGACUAUUCACACUUGAACGGUUUUUCUCUGGAUGACCUUAACGAAGAUCUCUUAGAGAGGGUCCUUUCAUGGCUACCAACUUCCUCCUUCUUCCGCCUUACUUCUGUCUGCAAGAGAUGGAAAUCAGCUGCUGCUUCUGUGAGUUUCAAGCUUGCCUGCUCACACAUUCCCUCGAGAGAUCCAUGGUUUCUGAUGGUUUCUCCUAGCCUCAACCACUCCAUUGUCUUUGACACUGCUGAAAACAGUUGGAAAAAACUCAAUCACUUGCGUCUUCCUCUCGAAGACUCUAACAUAAACUGCAUGCCUGUUGCAGCAUCUGGUGGCCUGGUUUGCUACCGCAAACUCUCAGGAAACUUUGUUGUAUGCAAUCCAGUCACAGGAUCCUGCACUGAACUCCCUCCAUUGCAUUUCCCCUCAGAAAACCAGCCUCUCAAUGCCGUUGUGAUGAGUACAACUCUCAGAGAUCAAAUCUCCUACAAGAUUGUGUUAGUCUUCGGUGAACUCCCUAAUCUUUUGUUCAAAGUCUAUGACUCAACCUCUUGCUGUUGGGAAGAUGACACUGCACUGAGGAGGGAGGUUGAUGACAGUUCCAUUGAUUGUGAUUCAACCGAUGAUGGUGAUGAUGACAAUGUUGUGUACUUCCUUAGUAAAGCUGGAACAGUGGUGGCAAGUAGCAUGCAGAGGAGCCCUUCUAAGCAAUAUUCCUCGGUCAUUACCACAAAAAAUGGUCAUGAAAUGCUGUAUUUCCUCAGCUCCUCAGGGACAGUGGUAGCUUGCAAUUUGACAUCCAAGUGUUUUUUUGAGUAUCCGAGGUUGUUGCCUGUUUUCAGUGAGUACUCCAUUGACAUUGUGGAGUGUGGUGGUGAGAUGCUGGUUGUUCUGUUAUCAGAAUUCUUGGAGAGCACGAGUCUUAGGGUGUGGAAAUACGAUGACACCAAUAGAUGCUGGCAACAGAUUGCUGCAAUGGCUGCAGCAAUGUCUCAAGAAUGGUAUGGAAAGAAGGCAGAUAUUAACUGUGUUGGUGCUGGCCAUCAGAUACUUAUAUGCUUGAACUCUCCUGAGCUAUGCACUUACGUUCUCUGUGAUUUGGUGACCAACACAUGGACAGAGUUGCCCAAAUGUUGCAUGAAUGGAGAAGUCAUGGAGUUCAUGUCUGCAUUUUCGUUUGAGCCGAGGAUAGAGGCUUGUGUAUGACACCAAACUGCCUCAGUUUGGUACCUUGAUUUUGAUUAUCAACUGGUUUUUGUUGUUCUUCUGUUACCUUGUACUUGAAUUUGUCAUAGGGCUGAUUUGGUAUGAAAAUAGAGAUGGAAGCUCUCUAACCAAAUGAUUGAUUUCUAACUUAGAUAUUGUAUUGUUCUCCAUUGAUUGUUAGAUGUACAAUGUUUUCAGUGAAUGGCAUUAUCAAUGAAUGCACCCUGUGUUAGUUACAGAAUGCACAAA